ACCGUCUAGUUGCCACAAGCGUCAUUGUAAAAAUAAAAAAUAGUAAUAGAGCACACGUUUUCUAACGAGAAUAUUUGGCAUUUGACAAUACGUGUAUUGAAAGAAGUGUCAAUGUAUUUUGAAAGUAAAUUUAUUUAACUUCGCAUUUCAAUACAAAUAAAAAGUAAAGAAAUCAAAAAAUGACGUCAUUUAUUUGAUUUAGUGAUUUAUUUGUAAUGAAAAUAUUAUUAAAGUUCUAAAUAGAAUUUAACAAAUAAGUGUGAAUGAAUAGUUUUACAAAUAAAUAUUAUCUGAUACAAGAAAAAAGAGCAACAAAACUAGUUUGAGAAAAAAGUAUAUUGUAAAUUUGACAAAAGCAAAAAGUGCAUUUUUUUUUGCUUCAAGUGCAGUUAAAACGAAUAAAAAUUUUAUAUUCAAUUGGCUUUUGUUUAUGUCUAGUCAUUGCCAUUAAAAGCUGCCAGAUGUUUAAAUUUAACUAAAUAACACGGGCUCUACAACUAAAAUACAUUAUUUGUUUGAUUUUUGUUUUGUGAGAGUGUGUAUUUACUUUAACAAGGAGUUUAAAGCGAGUUUUGUGUUAAAAUCCUUAAACAGCUGGUUAUUGAAAUUCGUUACGUGUGUAUGUGUGUUGCAUUUACUUUCAUAUGUUGCAUAUAGAAAAAAGUGUUCUGUUUUCAUUAAAAUAAUUAGAACAUAUUUUAAGUGUCUUUUCUGACAGUUUAAAAGUGUGUUUGAUUCAAGUGUUUCUUUCGAAAAACAAAUCUCCUAAAAUAACUUAAAGAAUCCUUAAAAUUUUCUUUGUGAAUCAUUCAAAUUUUCCACCCAACUUUUGUUCAUCAUUAGCAUACAAACAAUCGCAGCGCCAUUAUGUCGGCAAUCAGCAGUCGCAGUCAAAAAAUGGAACAACAGCGCCAAUUAAUGGAGGCGUAUAUACGACAAAAACGUGCCUCACCUGGUAUGGUGCAGGCCAGUGAUUUACAGAUAAACCGUCCCAUGUCGGGUCUAAGAACAAGCAAUAGUCGUGAAAUGCACGCCUAUGAUGGACCAAUGCAAUUUAUUAGCUCACCCCAGAAUCCGGAUCAAAUUUUAAGUAACUCUACCACCAUUAAUGCCACAAUAGGAACCAGCAAUACAACGGUCUCGAAAAAUAGUGUCAAAUAUAUAAAUAAUUCUAAUCACAGCCAGAAUACGCCCAAACGUUUAAAUUCUCACAAGGAUGAAGAUUUAAUAGAGGAACUUUCCACCCAUGAUCUGGAGGAUGAGGAAAGCAGUCCUGUAGUUAUGUUGGCCGAAACACCACAUCAUCAGCAUAGUAGUUCUACAAAUUCAGCCUCCUCUCAACCUCGACAGACACGUAGUCGCCUACAAUCAUUUGACGAUGAUUUGGACGAAGAAGAUUACGCCAAUCGCAAUAAUAUUGCUCACGCUGCACCCGUUAUGCCGGCCAAACAAGUCAGCUCAUCGAAUAUUUCCAAGACUGGUAGUGGUAAGGAUGAAAUCGAUGGCAAUGCUUCAGAAUCUGCCGAACCCGAGGGUGAUCUUAUUGGUAACAUAGAACAUUUUGUUAUGCAACCUGCCCCACAAGGUGUUCUCUAUAAGUGUCGUAUAACACGUGAUCGCAAGGGUAUGGAUCGUGGUCUAUUCCCCAUUUACUAUUUACAUUUGGAAAGAGAUUAUGGUAAAAAGAUCUUUUUGUUGGGUGGCCGUAAACGUAAGAAGAGCAAAACAUCGAAUUAUAUUAUCAGUUGUGAUCCGACCGAUUUAUCACGUAAUGCCGAGGGAUUUUGUGGCAAAUUAAGAUCGAAUGUAUUUGGUACCUCGUUUACGGUGUAUGACAGCGGUAGUAAGGAGAAUGCGGAAAGUCCUAGAUUGGAUUUAGCUGUUAUUAUAUAUGAUACCAAUAUUUUGGGUUUUAAAGGACCAAGAAAUAUGACCGUUAUACUGCCGGGUAUGACUGAAGAUGAUCAAAGAGUAAAAAUCAGUUCAGCUGAUCCCAAGCAACAAGGUAUUAUGGAUUUAUGGAAAUGUAAAAACCUCGACAACAUUGUGGAAUUACAUAAUAAAACACCCGUUUGGAAUGAUGAAACUCAAUCGUAUGUUUUAAAUUUUCACGGACGUGUUACACAGGCAUCGGUAAAAAAUUUCCAACUUGUACACGAUUCAGAUCCUGAUUAUAUAGUCAUGCAGUUUGGACGUACUUCAGAAGAUGUUUUUACCAUGGACUAUCGUUAUCCCUUGUGUGCAUUACAAGCAUUUGCCAUUGCUCUAAGUAGUUUUGAUGGUAAAAUUGCGUGCGAGUGAAUGGGGGAAGAAAAUCGCAUACACGAGAGCUUAAAUUGUAAAAAGAAUGUUAAGAAAUAGUAAAAUUGAGUACUUAUUAUAAUGUGUGUGUGUAUAUUUAAUAAGUUCCUAUCUAUAUUGAAAUAAGCUCUAUAUUUUAUAUAGUUCAGUAAGAUCAGCAAUCGUCAUUAUAUAUCUAAACUAUAUAUUAUAUGUGUAUGUGCUAGAAGUCUGAUCGUAAAUAGUUGUUGUAUGUAUAUAUGUACUUAGUUUUGUAAUCAUUGUAAAAUAGCUGAUUCUUUAUAUAGCAAACAAGUAUUUUUUAAUAUCUUUGCUAUUUUGUAAUAGAUGAAAAGCUAAAGAAUUAACUAUUGAUUUAUUACACGUUAUAUGUUUCUUUUUUUGUUAGGUUAAUGUACCCCUAUAGAUUUAUAUAUAUUAAAAUGCCUUAAUCUUGAGAAUAGAAUAUAAUUUGUUAGGAUUAUAUAAUAAAGAAAUAUAGUUUCAAAGUCGUUAUUGCAAAUAAAUCAUAGUUUUGGCGGUUGCACAGAUACAGAUACAUAUGUAUAUACAUUUUUAUACCCAUCACCACUUUAGUGGGACAGGUAUAUUGGGUUUAUGCUAAUGUUUGUAACGCACAAUAAUAUUGGUCCUAUACCCAGCUUAAAGUAUAGCAAUCUGCUCAGAAUCAUUUUCUGGGUCGAUUUAGCUAUGUCCGUUAGUAUAUCUUGUAAUCAAACUACAGGUCGCAAUUUUGAAAAAAUUUCAAUGAAAUUUGAUACAUUGUCUUCUAUUGCCCCAAGUACGAAGUCUAAAAAUGGUUAAGAUCGGUCCAUUUUUCUGCUAGACCCCCAACAACUAUACUCCCGAAUAGGGCUUGUAAAUCUUGUAAUCAAACUACAAUAAAAUUGGGCACGUGCUCUGAUUUAUCUGUAAACAGUUUUAAAUAUAGUAAAUUAGAGUCCAAAGGUAAUGUUUUUUUUUAAAUUCCACUUUAUACGUUCGAUUUUAAUGCAUCUUUACUUCAUAGACCUCUCCGAAAUCUUUUGUCAAUUUAAGAUAUCCACAUGUCAUUUAGCAUACCAAUUCAGAUAAUUUUGGCAAAUAAUGUGCUACGAAAGUGCGUAGCACCAAUGACUUAUCUUUUUUAGAGUUUAAAUGCAAUCCUACUAUAACUUCUUUUUAAGUAUGAAUCCCUAAAUCAUAAUUCAACAAAAUAUUUACUCACGAAUCUGGAUUUAAUGAAAUCGUAACAUUUUUAAAUAUAGUCGUAACCUUUUUAAAUGUAAUAUUACUAUAAAAGUCAGUAAAGCCUUCUUUACACGAUCACACAAGUAAUAUGAUAUGUCAAAAUUUUGUGUAGAACAGUAAGGAUGGGAUCGUCUAAACACAAUAUGUAAUGAAACCAUCACACAUUGAGAUGGAAAAUUUAAC